CUAGAAUGAGAAACAAGAAGGAUAGAGCUAGUCAGGGCAAAACAUUGUGGUCCAUUGUCGUAUUUCCAUACAUGUUCUAAAGAUUUUUGGGUGAAUGUUUGUUUUUAGUGACGUUAAAGACUAGUUUGCGACAAUUAUUAUAAACAUUUUUAUGCCGGACAGCCUUCAACAGCUGUUGUUUUAUGUGAUAUUUGUUUAGAAAUGGUUGAAUCUUGCAGUGCGGUGAAUUGUUGCAAUAGACGCAGAAAAGAUGUGAAAAUGAAGUUUCACAGGAUACCUAGAGAUCCUAACAUGAGGAAGUUGUGGUUACAUGCUAUAAGAAGAGAAAACUUUACUCCCAGUACAACAACGGUAAUUUCUCCAGAGGAUUAUGAAGUUAGUGUUCAUGGAAAUAAGGUACCAAAAAAAGGUGGCAGUUCAAUUUGUGUUUGAUUUUCCAGCCCAUCUCAAGAAAGAACCUAGCCAUCGAAGGGUUUUGAAAAGAAAACUUGAAGAAUCCAACUCAAAAGCAAUAGGUAUGUUCUUUAAAAUAUU